GUCGACUUGUAUUGGUGGCGGAGGGAUACCCCCCCCAUCCCACUGCGCGUCAAAAUAUUGGCUUGUGUAGACCGCGCCAAAGCUCAGACAGCGGCGGCCACUCUUCAGGAUAUCAACACACUGCGGAGGGCAUUUAAACGCACUCUGCUUUCGAUAAGACGACUGUACACAUCGGGGGAGUGUUCGUGCUUCUUCUUCUUCUUUUUUUUAAUUACUCAAGAGGACUUGUUUUUUUUUUUAUCUGUUGUGCUUGAGUCGAGACAUACAAGACUGAUUUCAUGCCGGUUUUCGGGAAACGGUGUAACGACUUCACGGUCGUGACACGACUUUGACGGGCGCGGUGCGGCGGAGUUGGCGCACUACUGGAUCUGGAUAUAUUGUAUUCACUUCAAGCCAAGACGGUCUGCAACACCGCCACCAUUUAUACUGCGACUGAAUUCACUUCUCGUCUGUUUUUGGGGUUUUUUUUUUUCUGUCUCUCGACUGGUGAAUAAAAAACUCGUCUACGCCGGCUUUUCAGCGUGAAUAUGUUGCUGUCAAAGUUCGGUUCAUUUUCGCACAUUUGCAACCCUUCAAGUAUGGACCAUCUACCAGUGAAAAUACAGCUCCAGCCGGUCAAAGCGGAAAAGGAGCCUUUCGAAAAGGUUUACCAAGUGGGCUCCGUGCUCGGAAGCGGAGGAUUUGGGACAGUGUACGCCGGCAGUCGGCUCUCUGACGGCGCACCGGUUGCUGUGAAACAUGUCGCGAAGGAGAGGGUGACCGAGUGGGGCACAAUUAACGGGACUAUGGUGCCUUUGGAGAUCCUGCUGCUGAAGAAGGUCAGCUCGUCUUUUCGCGGAGUUAUCAAAUUGCUGGACUAUUACGAGCGGGCGGACGGCUGGCUCAUCGUCAUGGAGAGGCCGGAGCUCGUCAAGGACCUUUUCGACUUCAUCACCGAGAAGGGAGCCCUGGACGAGGACACGGCUCGGGGAUUUUUCCGCCAGGUUUUGGAGGCGGUCAGACACUGCUACAGCUGCGGCGUAGUACACAGAGACAUCAAAGAUGAAAACCUGCUCGUGGAUCUACGCACCGGGGAGCUCAAGCUUAUUGACUUUGGCUCGGGGGCGAUUCUCAAGGACACAGUCUACACCGAUUUCGAUGGAACAAGAGUGUACAGCCCACCAGAGUGGAUCCGCUUCCAUAGAUACCAUGGUCGCUCGGCGACGGUGUGGUCGCUAGGCGUGCUGCUUUAUGACAUGGUGUGUGGAGACAUCCCCUUUGAGCAGGACGAGGAGAUCCUCAGGGGCAGAUUGUACUUCAGGAGGAGGAUUUCAGCUGAGUGCCAGCAGCUGAUCAAAUGGUGCCUGGCCCUGCGGCCCUCAGACCGGCCCACCCUGGAGCAGAUCUGCGACCACCCCUGGAUGAGGACGACGACGACGACGGAGUCGCCCAAGUCACCGGAGGAGCCGGUCGCCGGCGACAUCCGCCUCAGGACCAUCGACACAGACUCUUCGUCAAGCACAAGCUCGAGCAAGGAGAGCCUCUGAGGAACGGCUCUGACGGACUGAAAAGACUUUCUGGGGAAAGAAGGGGUUUGGAUGGAGGGAGUGAUAUAUGGACUCAAGGCCAGCAGCCUGUAGCCCAAACUGGCCCAUCAGCGCCUGGGCGCUUCACUCAGCUGGUCUAGCUAGAGAAAUGUACUUUAAUUUUCCUUUUGUAGGGAAUUUCUAAUUUAUUACCAUUCGUUCUUCCUUAUCUUACUUUCCCCCCAUCCCCUCUUUUUCCCCCCCUUUUUUAGUUGAUUAUACUUGUUUCCUGAUUGGGAACAUUUUUCUGUUUGGGCGGUCUUACCAGCACUAUUUAUUUCCCCCCCCCUUUUUUAAAUUUUUUUUAUUUUUAUUUCACUUGUUUGUUUUGUUACUAGGCUGGUAUAUGCAGCUGGCAAGGCCCUCCUAUUCAGACAUGGCUGCUCUCAUAGAGCUCGGAGAAAACCUUUUUAUUUAAAUGUUUUAAUUUUGAUUUUGUAGUGCCUUUUUUUGGAAAGCUGCUUUUUCUGGGGGGCUUUCGUCAACAACUCUGUUUUUUGGAUUUGCCCGUGGCUCGGUGGCUAAGUUGCCCUGUGCUGUGAUCGGAAAGGAGGGGUUUAUUUUUUUUCUUGUUUUUUUUUUUUUUUUUUUUUUUUUUUUUUUUUUUUUUUUUUGUUACUUUGUUUUGUUGUUGUUGUUUUUUUUUUCUCCCCUCCUCUCCAUCACUGCAAGCCAACCAUCCUCCAGCCAAGAGGCUAAGAUAGCAUUAGAUAGGAGAGAAGGAGGUGGGGGCUCUUCCUGACAAUGGAAUACUUGAAAAAACACUCGACUCAAACUCUGUGUCGCUCUCUUUAACGCUGCUCACUCACUCUAUAGCCUGAACAGGUGUUUGGAAACUGGAUCCUGUCUUUUCUGAAUGUCUACAAAAUGUCAACACACACACACACACACACACCCACCCCGCCCCACCUUUUUCUCCCCUGCUCCCUUCAUGCCUGUCGCGGGGUGUGUGGCCCUCUUGAUGUGUCUUUUCUUUUUUCUUUUUUUUUUUUUUGCCUCCCGCCAUCUCACUGCUUGACACUACAUAGCCCCCGCCCCCUCAGGGUUUGGGGUGUGAAAUGCACAAUCAAUGCAAUAUUCAUGGACUCAAUUAUGUAUUUUUUUUUUCAACAAAUAUUGUACAGUGUGUUUUUUUUUUUUUCUCUCUCUUUUUGUGUGUACAUCUUUCCCCCCUCCCCAUUUGGUUUUAAUUUAUUUGUAAACAUGUAGACAUUCCACACUCUGUGGCUAUUUAUUUAUUUAUUGUCUAUGCUUAAAAGCCCCACCCACCUCUAAAAGAAUUUGCAUAUCCUUCUUGGUCUUUUUGGUUUGCAUUCCUAUAACUUAUUUUUACAUUUCAUUGAGUUUUUUUUUUUUUUUUUUUGAGAUGUGGAGGAUGCACUGAAGCAGCUGUCGAUGUAAAGCAGAAUAAAACAAGUUUACUUAAAUUUGAAAA